CUUACCGAGCAAGUACACGUUUUUUUAAUCUACGCCUCUUGCAUCUCCAGCUCUUAGUUUUCUUAUCCAUUUCUCCAGGCCACAAACAAUCUUCUUCUCCACUCCUUGCGACCUCCGCUGCUCAUGCUCAUGCCGCUGUCCCUCAUACCUUGAUUCCACGCAGUUCUUCUUCCCCCUUCUCUUUCAAAUCCACCGCAGUUCCUAAUGAAGCCUUCUCUGCACAAAUUCCCGACUCCUGUUAUGCAAAAAUGACAGUUUGACUUGUAUCUAUAAAGUCGUCUUCUUUUUAUUUUUUGGUUUUUCUCUACAGCAUUCAUCGCUUCUUUUGUAGGUUUAUUUUUUCAGUCUCUCUCUUGGCAUAAAAAAAAAAAAAAAAACUUAGAGAUGGCUUCCUCUACUCCUCCAUACUCCAUAAACGCUGCAAAACCCUACCAAAGUCCUCAUUCAAAUCCCAAAAACCAUAUCCAUAAGCCACAAAAUAGACCCCAUAGGUUACAGUCCUCUUCUUCUUCGGUAGUUAGUAGCUCUUUUUAUUGCAGUGCUAGUUCUGCCCAUGGUAAAGUGCUGACACCUUCCUCUUCCGCUAGCCUUCAUAGUCAUCAUCUUUCUCUGCCUCUGCUUGGCCCGGAAUUCCGAAAAAACCGAACUACUAAAGUUAUCUCAAAGAGGAAUCUUUCUUCUCCUAGGCCCCACUUUUCUCAACAACGGAGCGCAUCUCUGGCAGCUGCGGACAUCACUGCCCGGCUCCUCCGUUCAAGUCCCGACGAUCUGCAGGGCCUCGUAAGUACCUUUAGCUCAUCCCAACAGAAGCUUAAAAUCCCCGAAGAUUACUGUUUUGUCCUCCAUGAGCUUGGUAACAGGGAUAAAUGCGCCCCAAAGGUCCUUGCUUUCUUCUUUUCUUCAAUUCCUUUGAUGCGAAAUUUCACGGAGAAGGGUAAACUCCUCACGGCUGCCAUCGGCGUCCUUGGCAAGAUGGGCCGGCAUGAUCUUGCAAGGAAGGUUUUUGAUUUCGGCGUAGCCCGAGGUUUCGGCAACACCGUCUAUGCUUAUUCUGCACUUAUAUCUGCUUAUGCUCGGAAUGGGCUGUCCUCCGAAGCUGUAUCAGUUUUGACGUUGAUGAAGGCAUCCGGUGUGAGACCGAAUAAUAUUUCAUAUAAUGCUGUGAUUGAUGCUUGCGGGAAAGGUGGAGUUGACUUUGAAGUAACUGUUGGAUUCUAUCGAGAGAUGCUUCAAGAUGGAAUUUUACCUGAUAGGAAGACAUUCAAUUCUCUCCUUGCUGGGUGCAGCCAUGUUGGACGGCUUGAGGAUGCCCGCAUCCUUUUUGAUGAAAUGAUUGAUCUGGGUAUUGGUCGAGAUAUCUAUACUUAUAACACGUUCAUUGAUGUGCUUUGCAAGGGUGGUAAUAUGGAAUUUGCUGUUGAUGUUAUUCCUGACAUGGUAGCCAACAAUGUCCUGCCCAAUGUUGUUACUUACAGCACCCUCAUGGAUGGAUACGCCAAGCUGGACAGACAUGAAGAAGCGCUUAAUUUAUAUAUGGAGAUGAAGUCCCUGGGGAUUCAAUUGGAUCGUGUGUGUUACAAUACGUUGCUUUCUAUUUUUGUAAAAUCUGCAAGGUAUGAGGAAAUUACAGGAGUUUGUGAGGAAAUGGAAGUUAUGAGCAUAGAGAAGGACAUAAUUACUUAUAAUUCUUUGAUCACUGGGUAUGGGAAGCAAGGAAGAUUUGAUGUUGUAAGUUAUUUGAUUCGGGAUAUGAGGGAGAGGGGAGUUGCCUCAAAUGUGUUAACUUACUCAACUUUAAUGGAUAUCUAUUCAAAAGCUGGCAUGUAUGAAGUUGCUGCUAAUGUUUUCUUGGAAUUUAAGGAAUCAGGAUUGAAGGCUGAUGUAGUUUUAUACAGCUCUUUUAUAGAUAUGCUUGCUAAGAAUGGCUUGGUGAAGCUUGCGGUGCGGUUGCUUGAUGAGAUGACACAUAUUGGAAUUGAACCAAAUGUAGUAACUUAUAAUACCAUCAUUGAUGGUUUUGGUAAGUCAAGGAUUUUUGUGCAGGGAGGUAUUGAGAAUAGGGUAGUAGAAGCUGAGGGAGAUUGCAAUCAAAUUGUUAGGAUUUUUGGAAAUCUGACCAAAGAAAUAGUGAAACCAAUGGUGGAAGGAGCAAUGAAGAAAUCCGAGGACUUGUUUUGCAUUUUGGGAUUGUUUCAGAGAAUGAUACAACAAAGAGUGACACCAAAUGUUGUAACUUUCUCUGCUAUAUUGAAUGCUUGUAGUCGUUGUGAUUCCUUCGAAGAUGCAUCCUUAUUGCUAGAGCAACUUCGGUUGUUCGACAGCUUUGUUUAUGGGGUUGCACUUGGGCUUUUGGUGGGCUGUAGUGAUGCUUGGCUUCGAGCUCGUUCUCUAUUUGAUGAAGUAAGCUGCAUGGAUAACCUUACUUCAUCUGGUUUCUACAAUGCUCUUACUGAUAUGCUUUGGCAUUACGGACAGAGACGUCGAGCUCAGCAGGUUGUGGUUGAAGGGGUUCAGCGGCAAGUUUGGGAGAACGCAUGGAAUGAGUUUACCCUGGAUCUGCAUCUCAUGUCCUCUGGUGCUGCGCAAGCUAUGGUUCAUGCAUGGCUUCUUCGCAUGAGCGCUAUUGUCUCCAGAGGCCAGAAGCUGCCAGAAAUUGUUAGCAUUCUUACUGGUUGGGGAAAGCACAGCAAAGUGACUGGUGCAAGCCCUCUUCGUCGUGUCAUCGAAACCCUUCUCGACUCCAUCGGUGCUCCAUUUCAUAUGGAACAAUUCAACAUCGGCCGUUUUGUGUCGACUGGUGCAAUUGCAGCUGCCUGGCUCAAGGAAUCGGGUACGGUCACCAUUCUCCUCCUCCGCGAUGAGAGAUCACAGCCAUCAAGCCCCCUAACCUUGUUGCCAAGUCUGCAAGCAUUGCAACUAUGAGAUGAUUUUUCCUUUGGAAUUUAUAGCUUUUAAUGUUAUGUUUUAUUACCUUGCAGUUGCAUUUUCAAAAUCAAUUGUUGGAUGUUGUAUUGUCUGGGAUUGAAAUAUUGCACAAACAGUCUGAGGAAGCGGGACUUUUUAGUGAGAAUGUUUUGAAGGGGAAAAAUUAUGAGGGUUUGUGUAAUUUCAAAAGUUUGUCUUCUGUAAAAUUUCAUAUAAUGAAGGGUCUGAGUUGUCUAUUGCA